CUGCUGCGCCACCCCAUCUCUCUCGCCACCGGAAUUCUUUGUCGCUCCCCCUUCUCCGGUGAAAUCCUUCGCCUUUACGUUUACGGUGAUAACGAUCCCCCUCCCUUGGUCAGUUGAGGAGUUUAGAUUUCGUCAGGACCCAUCAGAUUUGGCAACUGAUGCUCUUUUUGUUUAGUCCCAUUUGGUUGAUUCGUUCGUGACUGGAAAACUCAUUUCAAGGUGGCAUGUAAAGUUCCCUUUUUGAUUUCGAGUUUUCCCAUUUGGCCCUCUAAUCGGUAGCGCCAAAAACCUUCUUAUACGUUUUAGUGAAGUAAAAGCCUCAUCUUGAUUUCUUUUAAGAAUGGAAAGGAAUAUUGAUAUGUAUUGGAAUUAGAUUUCUUGUUAUUGACGCUUUCACUUCAUCAGGAUUGAGGAGACUCACUUCGCUUUGCGUGCAGCGAGGUAGUAUUCGAUAUGUAAAUUCGUUGAUUCCUGUUCGUUAAUGAAAUAUAGUGAUACUUAUAUACUCCUUUUGAAGCAUGUUGGCUGUGGUGAAACCAUCUUCCAUUGGACGAAUCUUCGUUUAUUGCUAGUAAUGUUUUUUGGGUGCAGUGUUGGUUGGUUUAUGAUUUUGGUAUUAUGAACUGGUGCAGCAUCUUGAGCUAUGCUGCACUUGUGCAUGUGCACAGUUAAACAGACUUUUAGUAUAGCUCCUCUGCAAAAGAAAAUUUUUAGUAUGUCAUGUUUUGUGGGGAUUUGCUUGCAUUAUCUAUCCAUUCUUUUACAUUCAUUGUGUUAGGAUUGCUUCUACUAUGUCUUGUCAACAGCAGUGCUAUGCCUAAUGUAAUGCAUGCUUUUGUUAUAGUCAUUCCUGUUGUUGGAUAAUUUUCCUAUGCUUUUCUUGGAGUCAGAAUUGUUAGUUGAUUCUGAGAUGAGAAUCUUAUAAACUUAUCACCACACGUACUAUAUGUUUAGUAGCCUACACCAUAUACAUUCGUCUAAUUCUGUUACUUCUUGUUAGGGAAGUAUUUCAUGUUUCCAUGAAGAUUCCGAAAUGAAGGAUAAAGGUUUGCAAGCUGUCAUUGAAGAUAUAAGAAUUAUUUCAGAAUGCUGUUCUUAUAUAAGAUAGCAAUUUGUCUGCAGACAAUUUGUGGAUGGAAAGAAACGGUAGUUACGGACUAUAUCUUCAUCAUUACCUCUUCUACCAACCACCUCAGUAGAGAACUUCCCUGAGCCUCACAACCAGUCUCAGUUGAGGCUGUUAAAAAACAAUCUGCUGUCUCCUCAACAUAGAUCAUUUGUUUCUGAUAGUGGGAUCGUUGGAUCUUUGCAUUCAUCCUCUUGCAGGCUUUCUUCAGAAUAUCAUGGAUCUUCUUUGUCACUUCAAAUGAGGCAUCCUCCAGUUGCUACACAAUCACCAAAAGUUGGUCUCUAUGCAUUCAUCUAAAUUUUUAUAUACAGGAACAUUUCAACCUAUGAUGACUAAUUUUUUCGAGAGAGACUACCAAAAUAAAUUUGUCUCCAGAUACACUUCAUGAUACUCUUGAUUAUCCAGACAAUAAUUUUUCUUUGAGCAAUCAAAUAUUAGGAAAUUCCACCAUGGUCUCUAAUGAUCCUAGUAAGCAAAAGGAGUGGUGGACAGAUAUAAUAGAUGAAGAUUGCAGGGAAACUGCUGUUGAAUCUCAGCCAAUGUUGUUGUAUAGGUUGUACACCCAACAUCAUCCCAAUCGUCAUCUAGUUUAUCAGUGCACCAGCCACCAAUCCAUCAUUCUGUUCCAUCCAAUUCAGGAGAGGUUUGUGCUGUCACUAGUGCAGCCAAGCCACGCAUGCGCUGGAAUCCUGAGCUCCAUGAAUGCUUUGUAAAUGCUGUCAAUCAGCUUGGUGGUAGUGAAAAAGCCACUCCGAAAGGUGUACUAAAGCUCAUGAAAGUUGAAGGCUUGACAAUAUACCAUGUGAAGAGCCACCUGCAGAAAUAUAGAACAACUCGGUACAGGCCAGACUCAUCAGAAGGGCCAUCCAACAAGAAGACUACUUUGAAAGAAGAAUUGCCUUCUCUAGACCUCAAGACAAGUUUUGAUCUCACUGAAGCUCUCCGGCUCCAGGUGGUUGUCCAAAAACAGCUUCAUGAGCAACUUGAGAUUCAGAGAAAUCUGCAGCUGAGAAUUGAAGAGCAAGGAAGAUUUCUUCAGAUGAUUCUUGAGAAGCAAUGCAAGUCCAACAUUGACAAACUCCAGAUUACUUCUACUGUGGAAGGACUAACCACAGCCUCUGAUAUAAUGCAUUCAAUUGACAAGUUUGAACUCCGAGAGAAUGAUCGAUACAUAGCUGGAAGUAGCAACGGCAGUGCAGAAACAAAAGAGGGCUCAUGGCAAGUCGGUAUGAGGCAUAAGAUGCCUGAAGCUGAACCUUCAGCCGAGAAAGAAGCAGAUGCUGUUGAUGGCUCCCAUUCUUCAGCCUGCAAGCCUGCAAAAGGCCAGGUUGGGGAGACAAAAACACCACCAUGAGUUUGUGACUAAUUAUUGUAAGAUCUUUCAUAUGGCUUUGUUGAGUAUCAUUAAUCAUCAGAUGAUCAUUAACCAUUGUACUGUCCUGAAUUAUGUUAGUAUUGUGUUUAGGAUCAGAUAACCUAGGUCUAGGGAAGUGAGUAUCAUCAAUCAUCACUAUUGUUCAUACUCAUUGUACUGUCCUGGAUCAUGCAAGUAAAGUAUUCUGGAGCACAACUCCGAAGAAAUCUUGGCAAGCAAAGUUGGAAAAAAAAAUUCAAAAAAUAUGCAUCCGAAGAGAAUCGAACCUACGUUUAGAUGGUGGCUAGGUACUAGAUUGACUCUUGUAUUUCUCUCUGAAUUGAACCCUGUUUGUUGUUGUUGAUUUUCUUGCCACGGGUUGCGCUCGUUGUCGGUAACCGGAGCGCCAUUGUCCAACCUAGUGGUUAUAAAGAGUCAUAGCUAUUGCCUUCUUGUUGGGCCUCGCUGGUUGCAUUGUCACAUAUGAUCGUCGUACACUCGUAACAUUUUUGUCAAUGGAUUGUUCGUCGUUUUUGCUUGUUUU